AUGGCGAAUCCCGAGUUCCGGUUUCGACUGCGCGACCACUUUGGUAAUCCAGCACGAUGGCCGAAAACACUUAAUGAUAUGCUUAUCGAAAGAACUUUCGAGCUGAUCGAAAUCUCGCCGCCUGUUCGUCGCGCGCUCGAAGGCAACCGCCAUGGCGAUAACGAACUGGAUCUGAACUUCUCCAACCGUGGAAUGGUGCAAGACCUCAUCAACUACUAUGACUCGCUUGUUGGCUCCUUCGCAGCCCUCGAGGGGAUGCCCGAGCAGACAUGGCCCGACGAUCUCCAGCGGUGGAACAGGCAACGGGUUCGAGCAAGGCGCCGUCCUCUGCGAGAAGCCAUCAACCAAGCUCGAUCGUUUGCGGAGACAGACCUUGCGACUUUGCGGUGCUUUCUUGUCGAGCGCCAUCACGUUGCAGCUACCGAGGCAGGUCCGUCAGGGACAUAUGUAAGACCGGCAAGGGGACGAGGUGCUAUUAAUGAGCCGCUGAGCCACCGUGGAAACCGGGCUGGUUUUCCUGUAGCCGGUGGAGAAUUCGUACCAAUUGAUGAGCUUUCCCGACGACUGGCGGAGACACUGCAGGUCGAGGACGACCGCCAGAACCAGAAUGCAAUGACAGAUGUAUCACAGCGCUUAGCAGAGGAUCUACAGAGAGAGGAAGCCGACCAGCAGAGAAGAGCUGCGGCUGAAGCCUCGAAUCGGCUUAUCAACCAGUUCCGAGAGGAAGACCGCCGCCAGAAACAAGCUGAGGAUGAGGCCUCCCGCCGGCUCGUGGAACGGCUGCGGGAUGAAGGGGCGCGUGAGCGAAGAGAGAGAGAACAGGCCUCAGAGCGUUUAGCUGCCGACCUCCGGAGGCAAGAAGAAUUGCGCCAACAACAAAUGGACGAAGAAUCACGCCAGCUUGCAGCUCGGCUGCAGGAGGAGGAGGAAGCCUUUGAGAGGCAGAUACUCAUGAACGAAGCACCAGUACCCUCAGGAAGACAGUUUGAAAGGGAGGAAAGGGGAGACUACAGAAGAACGAUGGACAGACAACCUCGUCAGCACGCUGAACGCCGGCGACCGGAGAACAACGGCGAGGAGGGUGGGGCCGCUGCAAUUCGGGCUGGCGUUAGGCGACAGGCAGAACCCAGAGACGACCAUCGGCAUAGAGAGAGGCCACUCGGAGGUGGAGCCCUGGCGAGAAGGCGAGAACAAAUGGGUGAACAUGAUGACUGGGAAGAAGAGCGGUAG